UGGAAAUUCUCACGGGGACAAGCGCGACGCUUUUACGACUACCCCGAUGUUUAUUCCUCCCCUGAUUCGCUAUGAUUCACUACGAUUCUCUGGUGACCGAGAUCACUACGCCGUAAACGAGGUUUCCUCCGAUUCUGAUAAUUUCGAUAUGCUCGGACUCGGUUAUUCGCUCUUUUAAACGCGUUUCUCGACGUCCAUCGGCGCCUGCGAAUAAAACGGACAUCUGGGUGAGCGACAGGGGCUGCCUCGUCGACUACGAGGUGCGACUAUGUCGGGGUUUCAAUUUCACGCGUCGAAAUUCCGUCCCGUAACUCGCGCCGCUCUAACCCAGUCACGGAGAAGUCGAUCCCACGGUGCUCGACAGAUUGAAUCUUUCGUUCUCGGAUUUCUUGUCCCGCCAGAAAGAUCCUGACGAACCCAAGACCAUCGAGGAGACCCGUUUCGACGCUCUACGGACAAGGGACGUCUUCAUCGGUCCUCUUUUGGAACGCUUCUUUUGGAAUUUGGUCGCUUGUCGGGAAACGUUUCCUGAACCACAUUUGGAACCCUUUGAGAAUAUUGUAGACAGCUCGUUCGAGGAACGCAUGUUUUAAUCCUCGCCGUCGACCGUAAACGUCGAGCCACGCUGGAUCCAUCGUUGUUCGAUCACGUACAGCGACGUCCUGGACCUGCGUCGCGCUGUCUGGGGAGGACGUCAGUGGCGACGAUAAUGAUGCACGUCGUCGACCGCUGAGGGAUCGAGGCCUGCGUCAACAUUUAAGGGAGGAUGCCCGCCAAAAUGUUGGGAAACCACUGCCACCCGCAAUAAGACAAGUAAACCAAGAUCGUGGUGCACCAAACGCUGAUCAUGCGCUGCUGAGGUCGAUCUGCUAGGCACAGUCGACGCCGGGACGCUCGAGUUCAAAGGGGUUGUACGUUCCCUGCGAGCGUGGGUCGUGUUAUCUCCGCGAAAUAGAUGCCGGCGGUGGUUCCCGAGGGAAAAGUAAGAAAGUCGUCCAAUGACGUGCGUAUUAAAGUUUCAACGGGCAGACAUUAACUCCGUCUCGGGGAGCAGGGCCGGCCAAGGUCGCCGGGAAUAGAAGAUUCAUAUCCGCGGUUCUGCUCCUGACGGCGGACCAUGGUACAUUAUUUAACGAGAUGAUAACCAGCGGACAUUGAAGACCCAGCCAGGACAGAGAGAACACGUGUAUAUCUCGGACGUCAUGGAGGAACACGUCAACCAGGCUGGAAACUCGUCCGCGGAUGGUCUGGUCUUCACCGACGCCUCGAUCAUCCUCAGGGCUUUGGUCCUCGGUCUUCUGAUACUCGUCACAGUUGUCGGAAACCUGUUCGUGAUAGCGGCGAUCGUGUUGGAGCGGAAUUUGCAGUCGGUGGCGAAUUAUUUAAUCGUCAGCUUGGCUGUCGCCGAUCUUAUGGUUGCCUGUCUCGUCAUGCCUCUUGGAGCCGUUUAUGAGAUAAACUCCAGCUGGUCGCUCGGGCCAGAGCUUUGCGACAUGUGGACCAGCAGCGACGUUCUCUGCUGCACCGCCUCGAUAUUGCAUCUGGUGGCUAUCGCGGUCGACAGAUAUUGGGCAGUCACCGAUCUCAAUUAUAUACAGGCGAGGAAUCCGAGGAGGAUCGGUAUCCUGAUCGUCACCGUCUGGCUGGUGUCCUUAGGAAUCUCGUUGGCACCCCAACUCGGCUGGAAAGAUCCUGAUUAUUUAGACCGUAUAGCCGACGGAACGUGUCUGGUGUCCCAGGAUCCUGCAUACCAGAUCUUCGCCACCUGCGCCACUUUCUAUCUGCCCCUGCUCGUCAUUCUAUUCCUGUACUGGAGGAUAUUCCAAGCUGCACGAAAGCGAAUCAGGAAGAGGCCAGGCACUAUCGUGCAACCACCCCGUGAAAGAAGAGGCAUCCUCAGACUCGUCACAAGAAGGCCAAGGGAGGAGUCAACGGCGUUCACCAUAACGAGAUCAACGCCAGACCACUCGUCGAUCUCGCCGGAGAAAUCGUCGUCGUACAACGGUGCGAAUACGACGCAGUCGGCCACGGUGACGCCGUCGACGGUGUCCACGACGACGACCACCACGGCGACCACCGUCACGCACCCAUCGAGCAGCCAUUCGACCUCCUCCACGAAGAGAACUCGCGAGACGAUCGAGUCGAAGCGCGAGAGGAAGGCAGCGAAGACGCUGGCGAUAAUAACCGGCGCGUUCGUCGCCUGUUGGCUGCCUUUCUUCUUGGUGGCGUUACUACGCGCCACGUGCGACGUAUGCGAGCCACCGGAGCUCAUGGCGAACUUCUUCCUGUGGCUAGGCUACUUCAAUAGCACCCUGAAUCCCGUGAUCUAUACAGUGUUCUCGCCAGAGUUCAGGCAAGCCUUCAAGAGGAUGCUCUGCGGUAGUUCCAGGAUAAUUCGCUAACAGUGGAUUUAAACUGUAUCGUUCUCGGUGCCAGGGAAUGCGUGUGCAUGAGACAAGGAGAGAGAGAGAGAUAGAGAGAGAGAGAGAGAGAGAGA